AUGACCUCAUAGGGGUGGAGCCCCGGGACUCCGUGGAGGUGGCAGUCACAGACAGGUCACCCUGGAGAGAAGCCGGUUGGUUGGAAGGAGGCAGUUAAACUCCUCAGGCUGGGGUUGUAACCUUCACCCCGGAGGCUCUUUAGCAGCCAGCGAUUGCCCGCCGGCCUCUCAAGGUGGUCUCAGCCUCCGAUGGAGCCCAAAGAAGCUCCCGGGAAAGAAAACAUGGGCACCAAGAAAAAGAAUCUGCCCUUCCUGAGGCCCAGGCUCUACAUGCUGGAGAGAAGGAAGACUGACACUGUGGUUGAGAGCAGUAUUCCUGGGGACCACUCUGGUACCUUGAGGAGGAGCCAGUCUGACAGGAGCGAGUACAACCAGAAAUUACAAGAAAAGAUGACGCCACAGGCUGGGUGUUCCACGGCUGAGACCCUAACUCAGGAGGAUGAGCAUCAGGUUCAGAGAAUGAUGGCAAAGCGUGCGAAAAUCAUCCAGGAGCUGAUACAGACGGAAAAGGACUAUCUCAAUGAUCUAGAACUGUGCGUUCGAGAAGUGGUUCAGCCCUUGAGAAAUAAACAGGUUGAUCGGCUGGAUGUGGAUAGCUUGUUUAGUAAUAUCGAAUCGGUGCAUCAGAUAUCAGCCAAGCUGCUGUCAUUGUUGGAAGAGGCCACGACAGACGUAGAACCAGCCAUGCAAGUAAUCGGAAAAGUAUUCUUGCAGAUUAAAGGGCCACUGGAAGAUAUUUAUAAAAUCUACUGCUAUCACCACGAUGAAGCGCAUAGUGUACUGGAGUCCUAUGAAAAGGAAGAGGAGCUGAAGCAACAUUUGAGCCUCUGUAUCCAGUCCUUAAAGAACAUAUACAUGCAACAAGGCAAACCAAACUUACUGGACAUGGGCUCUUUGAUGAUCAAGCCAAUUCAGCGAGUGAUGAAGUACCCUCUAUUACUGUGUGAACUCAGGAAUUCCACCCCUUCCUCUCACCCAGACUUCCGAGCACUGGAAGAUGCCUAUGCUGCCGUGAAACACAUUAAUGUAAACAUUAAUGAACUCAAAAGGCGAAAAGAUUUAGUUCUGAAAUACAAGAAGAAUGAUGAGGAAGAAUCACUUAAAGAUAAAUUGUCUAAACUAAAUAUUCAUUCAAUUAGCAAGAAAUCAAAAAGAGUGACAAAUCAUCUAAAGAUUCUGACCAGAGGAGAAUCACAGGUGAAAGACAAUACCUUUAACAGAGAAGAAAAGCUAUUUCGAUCUUUAGAAAAGACUGUGAGGCACUGUGUGAAGAACAUUUCAUUCUGUCUCCAACACAUACAGGAUGCCAUGCCUUUAGCUCUGCAGAGCAUGAUGGAGCUCCAGGAGAUUUCACACAACAAAGAUGAGGAGGAGAGCAGCUAUUCAGAGUCUUCAAGUAAUGCCCCAAAUCCCUCUGAAGACUUUGCAGCUCAUUUGCAGAAGCUCGUCCUGACGCCCCUGUCAGCCCUGCUGUCCCUUUUCCCAGGGCCUCAGAAGCUAAUCCAGAAACGCUAUGACAAACUGCUGGACUAUAACAGCUACUUGCAGGGGGCGGCGGCGGAUGAGUCAGACUUGGCCAAAAGGGAAUAUGAGGCCCUCAAUGCCCAGCUGGUGGAAGAGCUCCAGGUGUUCAAUCUGGCCGCGCGGAAGAUCCUCCUCAAUUGUCUGUGCAGUUUCGUCACCCUGCUCAGGGACCUGAUGAUCGUGGCCCAGCGGGUUCACACCACCACGGUGCCGGUACCACAGUUGGCUUCAAGCAUCUCUGAAAUUCAGAAUCGAGUACUAGAAGAGGUUCAAAACCUGAAUUUUGUAAAGGAUAACAGUGCUACCUUUAUUGAGAGGAAACUUAGUUUCGAAAAGAAGAAGCCUGUGCAAACUCUGCCAGAAGUGCCACGCCAGACGGACACUCACCGCUCCAAACUUCUAUCCACAUACAGCACAGAGGAACUCUACCAAGCUAAGCGCAAGUGCAAUGCCACACAAGAACAUGACAUCAAUCUUCUGGAAGGGGAGUUGGUGGCUGUGAUCGAACAAAAAGAUCCACUGGGGAGUACCAGCAGGUGGCUUGUUGACACAGGAAUUAUAAAAGGAUAUGUGUAUUCCUCCUUCCUAAAACCCUACAAUCCAGCAAGAGUGCAGAAGGUGGAUGCUGAGAACAGGUUCUGCGACGAUGACUUUGAUAACAUCAGCCUCUUUGUGUCUUCACGGCCAGCCAGGGACAGUGUCGCAGGCACCCCAGAAGGUAGCAUAAGUGGUAGCAGCUCAUCCCUUAGUGGAACAUGUGGGAAGUCUGAAACAAACGGUACUGAUGCUGACAGUCUUCAAGAGGCAGAUGAACAGAUUUUCUAUGCAGUUCAUGCCUUUCAAGCACGGAGUGACCAUGAACUUAGCCUUCAGGAAUACCAAAGAGUUCAUAUACUUAGAUUUUGUGACCUAAGUGGUAAUAAAGAGUGGUGGUUAGCUGAAGUUCAAGGACAGAAAGGCUAUGUUCCAGCUAACUACCUUGGGAAGAUGACUUACGCUUAA